GUCAGUCAGUGCUCUGCUUUUGACUAAGAAAGGUCGUCAUGAUGGGGUUGACAACCGCAUUUCUGUUACUUUCAUUAGUGGGAUUCUGCUGUGUGGAUCUCGUAAAAACUGUUAAUAGCGGUCGGAAAGAUUGCUGUUAUGGUGAUGACACCUUCCCGCACGGUGCCGUAGUCCUGAGCCUACCAAAGAUCUGUAUGCAGCUUGUAUGUAACCAUGGCAAGGUUGAACGUCGGUACUUGGAGACACCAGGAGACAGGAACUGCUGUGAGUUCGACGGACAGAUGUAUCCACAAGGAGCGGAACUUUCAGCUCACUGUAUCACCAUGACCUGCAAAAACACGUGCUGGGAACCAAUGGACGAAAUAGACGACUGCUGUAACGUAUGUUCCCUCGACAAUGACCCUCAUAUGAUCACCUUCGAUGACUACAAAUACGAAUGGCAUGGAACCUGUAACUACUCCUUGGCCCAGAGCGACUCUACUGAAUUUCCUGAGAUUGGAGUCUUCGGUGAUUUCAGACCCUGCAACCGUAAAGCAUCCUGCCUUGACAUUUGCACAUUUAAGAACGACGAACACACGGUCAUAACACUGACGCAUAGCUCUGUCUUCGACAUACUCGUGAACGGUGAUCCUUACCAUGUGAAGCCCGGCAAGGUGCAGGCUGUGAAGUCUUCUCAUGGUUGCCAUCCCGUCUUAGUUUGGCGUAUAAGUUUCAGAUGCAUCAGACUCCUGGGCUCGUCAAGACUUAUG